AUGUCCGACUCGGAGAUGGGUGCAACCGGGGACUCGGGCGAUGCUCCUUCGAUCGAUUUGAUGAAGUGGCACAACCAACCCAACUGGGUUGGGAACGUUAGGCCCGCUUUGCCGUCGAAAAACACCGCCGCCUCAAACAAUAUCGCGUCAUCUACGGAGGCCUUCACCUCUGCAAAUAGUAGCGCUGUGAACACGGUGCAAGAGAUUCCACCUUUUGCACAUGCGCCCGGGAAGCUCGGGCAACAGAAACGCGUUGAUAUACCCCCAAAAGUGACAUCCACCGCCCAACCCAGCCAGGAAACUCCGGCCGUUCCCGCGCCGACGGGUUUGCCAAGAUCGACGCCUCUGCCGCGGCUGGCCCCGAUCCAGCCAGCGCCACCAACCAUUACAUUACAGGAACUUGCCCCGGUGGUCUCUGGCACGCCCCAAGAUUUACUCGGCGUCCGAGAUGCCAGGGUCGUCACGUCUGCGUUCUCGGCCGGAUUCGAGCACGGCCUCACGAAUGCCGUGGAGCGGGUUUUCUCGUUUCUCGUCGAAGUGGCUGAAGCCCAGAGUACGAUUAACCCGACGUCCCUGAAGGAAGUGCUCUGCUUGUCGGAUGGAGACGCGGCGGACGCGAGCAAGAGUUCCGAAGUGCCUGGUCGCUGGGCCUCGGCGGUGAAGUCUUGCCUGAGGGAUCGAGGAGACGAGUUCGUGCGGAGCAACCAGAUCCCACUGAUUCAUCUGAAACAGGUGGUGACUAACAAUCCAGAUUUGUUUGGUGCCGGGCUGCUGCAACGGGUUCAACACAUUAACAGUAACGAUACCGCGCCCGCCCCUGCUCCCCCUCGUCCUCCGUACCUGCGCCCGCUCCCGCUCAAGCUCUCGCUCCGGCCUUGGUGCCAACCCCUGCUGUUCCACCACCCCAACCUGCAUCCUCCCCCUGCCAGCCGAGAAUGCCAGCGUACCCCUGCCGAGGAGCCCGUCGCGAAACCAAAGGGCCGGAAGACUGCUGCUGCCCCUCGGAGGAAACGUGCCGCGGACACCACGGCGGAACCUAGUCGUGGAAAAGGUUCACGAGGCGGGAAACGCGCCAGGACGGGUGGGAGGGCAGCGAAAACGGCCGCGGGCAAGGGCAAGGGUAAGGGCGGCGCAAGUGCACGUGGUGGUGGUUCCGCCAAUGCGGCUGCCACGGAGACAGUAGAUGAAGUGCCUGAGCCAGCACCAGCUCCCAUCGCUAGCUCUCCCAUCGUCGAUCCCAGCGUUCCGGCCUCCAGCCUGGACGACUCCCUUCUCAACAGCGGCAUGCCCCAGUUUACCCAAGUCCCACCUUAUCCCAACUCCGGUCAAGACCAACAGGUUGAACAGGCCGGUGGCUCGAUUAACGAUUGGCUCUCCAAUUCCAGCACGCAAGCACCACCCGGGCUCCCACUCGGCCAGGAUCCAUCGGUCAUAGCACAGGGCCCUCAUGGAAUGAACGCGGCCGACAUGCAGCUCGACGCAAACAACGCCCCUCUUUCAUUUCGCUGGCGGCGGCUGAGCAGCAGAGAGGAACCGAGGCUCAGUAGGAAGCGCCUCAAGUCUCUCACGGAAUGCCAAGCGCCGUCACCGGACCCCCAGAGUUAG